GGAGAAGCUCAUACCAUUACAGAUGUCAUCAGAUCAACUCACACAGUAAGUCAAGUACAGAAUAUUCAGAACUAAACAGCACUUUCUGAACCUCAAACCAAAAUGUCCGAUUUACAGCCAAUCACAAAGCUCAAUGUCUCCACCAAUGUGGAUGAGGAGGAAAUCUUUGGAGCUCAAGGCUAUGAGCUCCUUAACGCUGACCUUAAUGAAGGUGUCCAUCCGAAAAACCGUGUCUUUCUUUGGUACAAGAGAGACUGUGGCGUAAAGCCAGUGACAAGGAUCCAGCUUUCCUUCAAUGAUAACAUGAAAAAGGGUCUGUCUGACGCCGGAUACGACCUGGUCAACAGGGAUCUGAACGCAGGAGUUCCUGGAGAUCACAUUUUCCUGUGGUACUUCUGUGGCAGCACUCAAUAUGACAUCCCCAUUGUCAACCUACAGGUCACCAAAAAUGAAAAUGAAGAACCUGCUCUUCUGAGAGACGGAUGGGAAAGGCUGGGGUGCGACCUGAACCGUAACGCAGGAGGUUGCUUCAUCUACCUGUGGGUGAAGAGAGCAACGCCAACCUACAUCUGUGAUGUUGCGGCAACUAUUGACAACGCAUCUGAUAAGCAACAUUUUAUCGAUGGCUUCACACGCAUUGAUGAAAAUGUCAAUAGGCGUGCUGGUGGAAACUUCAUUUGCCUCUGGUAUCGCCGGUCUUCCGAUAAAAGCAAAGCUCUCUCGGCUCUUGAAGUAUCUAACACCUUCCCGGAGCAGGUGAACCUUCAGGAAAAAGGGUUUAAAAAGAUUGCUCUUAAUCUCAAUAAAGGCACACAGGGUGAUGAUGUCUACCUGUGGUACUCCAACGAAGGAUGUGAAGAAAAGAUGCAAUCCAUGGCUCUUCUGAUUAACUCUAAGACCUGGAUGGUGUAUCAGAAAAAUGGCAUUUUUGUUGUGGAGAAAAAUUUAAACGAGGGCAACAAGGGAAUGAAAAUGUAUGUCGCUUACAAGUAAAACCACAUAUUCCACAUAUACAUCGCGCCGUGCAUGAGUUGUGGCAAAAUUAUUUCCUUAUUUAGUUUUAAAUGUUAGCAGCAGAAUAAUCAGUUAAAUAAGAGAGUGUGAAGAAGUGAUCAUUAUUAGAUUCUUAAUCACAUUGUUUUAACAGGAAUGAAAGUAAUCAGGGAUUUAAAGAAAUAUAUUAUGAUUUACCUUUUUCUAACAGUUGACCGCACCUUGUGUAGUGUUAUAAUGCAUUAUAAAAUAAAGUCAAUCUUGAUCAAAAAGA